AUACUAUAUUGUCAUCAAACAUAGAAUUAUCUAUUUUUAUUCUUUAUAAUAUAUAGCUAUAUUGAUUCUUUACGUAAUGUAUUUUGCACUAAAUAUUUGGCUUACUAAUAAAUAUGUUCUUUAAUAUUGUCCACUGUUUAAACUGCAUUAAAUCCUGUAAAUAAAUAGUACUAUAGAACUCAAAUUAUUGUCUAACAUUACAUUUUAUGUUUGGAAUAAUCUAUUCUAUAAAUGUGUUAUACAUAGAAUAGUAUAUGUUUCUAAUGUAUGGUAAUACACACGUUCACGCGCCGUGAAGGACUAUAACGUCUGAUUAUAUCUCAAAAAACAUAUUUUUCGAGGCAUGACUAUAUUCUUUAUUGUCAGGCUUCAUAUGAAUAUUGAGCAAAUUGACCCAUCUCAAUAACUCUUUUUUUUUUGGAAGACAAAUCUCAAUAACUUUCAUCAAAUAAAAGCAGAGUCUAUAUCAUCUAUGACAGCGCGCUAAGGAAAAAUGAAACUCUGAACCACGUUUAUUUUAAAUUGUAUUUCACAAAGUUCCUUUUCCUUUUCUAUGCGUGAUUAUAAAUUAUGUAUAAUAAGUUUUAUAUAUAUAUAACAAUAUGUAAACACCUGCUUUAAGCCCUUUAUCAAAAAAAAAAUGUAAACACCUGCUUUGAAAUAUUUUGAAAUGCCCCGUUUGAUUUAGCUAUUUUUAAUUAAGCUAAAGUUGGUAGAACUGCUUUAUGAUCAUAAUUAGCUAAGUUUGUAUUGUCCCAAAGUCCUAAAAGAAUCAAGUACUCUCCUGCGCCCAAAAAUAUAUUAUUUUCACCACAAAAUAAUAUAGGCUCAUGACUGCGGUUUGAGCGGUGCGAGACAAGCGGCUUAACUUCGCUACGAUUUUAACAGUUAUAAAAACGUAUAGAUAUAUGGUAUAUGUAAAGAUUUUUGUUACUGUUAACUGUGGUACGGGGCAGGUCGGUUGUAAACAUUAAAAACCAUAAUAUUCAAAUACGAUUUAUUCGUUAAAUAUUGUCAUUUUAUACAAAUAGAAAAAAAAACUGCCUCCCACUCAGGAUAUAUCAUAUAUGAUGUAUAUAAAUACAUCCUCCUCUUCUCCAUGCCUCAUCACCACUCAGACAAGCUAUUAAGUAAGAGGUAAAAAAGAAGCGAGGGAGCAGAUUAUAACUGAGAGAAGAAACGUUUAGUUAUUAAGUUAUUUAACUUACUAUAAUCAUGGGCUAUCUCGACGGGAAAUGGGCACCGUUGAUCAUGAUUACCGUGAUUAACACGAUUAAUGGGAUGGUUAACGCUUUGAUUAAGAAAGUUCUUGAUGGAGGCAUUAAUCACAUGGUUAUUGCUACCUAUCGUUUGGGUAUUUCCACCUUAUUUCUUCUUCCCAUCGCUUAUUUUUGGGAACGGAAAACAAGGCCAAAGCUAACUACAAGCAUCUCGUGUCAGCAUUUCUUCAGUGCCCUUUUUGGGGCGAGUUUGAUGCAAUUUUUUUUCUUGCUUGGGCUCAGUUACACUUCUGCCACGUUGGCAACUGCCUUCUGGGGCACAUUGCCUGCCCUCACUUUCAUUAUGGCCUUAAUAUUUGGAUUCGAAAAAUUAAACAUGAAGACAAAAAUAGGAUACGGUGUCAUUCUUGGAGCUAUGAUAAGCUUAGCAGGAGCUUUAACCCUUACGAUGUACCAAGGCAUUCCAUUAUCGAACUCUCAUGAACAAGCAACGAUUUCAAACAUCCAUAAAGGAAAUGAGAAUUGGAUCAAAGGCUGUUUUCUUUUAUUCACAGGAGUUAUACUUUUCAGUUCUUGGAUGCUUAUACAAGCCAAGAUCAACGUGAGUUACCCGUGUCCAUAUUCGAGUACAGUUAUUUUAUCGGUCUUUGGGACGCUUCAAUGCGCUCUUCUUAGCUUUAUCAAGACUAGACAUGUGGAAGAUUGGAUCCUCGGAGACAAACUCACCAUCUUCACCGUCAUUAUAGCGGGAGUGAUUGGACAAGGAAUGUGUACGGUGGGAAUAUCGUGGUGCAUCAAACAACGUGGACCUGUCUUUACAGCAGCGUUCAGUCCUGUCACACUUAUGUCCGCAACCGUGUUCGAUUUCGUGAUACUUCAUCGUAUGAUUUAUGUUGGAAGCGUUAUUGGAUCUGUAGUAGUUGUGAUCGGUUUAUACAUAUUUUUAUGGAGCAAGAGCAAACAUAUAGAUGAGUGUAAGAUCGUGACGUUACCUACAAAUACGGUGGAAAAAGAAAAGGAAGAGGAAGAUCAUACAAAUGUUAACAAAUUAGGCCGUGUUUUGGUUAUCCCCAUGACACCUUGAUCUACUUCCCUAAAGUCUCUUUUUCAUUCAAUAAGACUGACAUGUCCUACGAAUCAACUGCGAAGAAGAGAAUAAUUUUCGCAUUCCAUUGUUUGUUGGAGUAUUUGAUCACUUGUGUUGCUAUGUUUUGGCUUACAUAUGAUAUUCCAAUUUGUUUAUAAAAUAAACAGUAUUUAAUAUGGGCCUAAAUGGCUAAACGAAUGCUUCAUUCUUAAUCUUUUUAGAUAAACAAAAUAAACCAAUAAACUUAUAGACUAGAACGGCUGAGAGAAAAGGUGUUUUGCGGCAGUAGUUCCACAAGAUGUUUUGUGAACAUAAAUUAUGACCAAAACUGGAGGACAUGUAAGUGAAUGGAGCAAAUGCAGUUGCUGGAACAAAUAAGAUUGGAAUAGGAAGAAACUGAUGUCAAAGAACUAAAUCAUAAAGAAAUUUAUUUUAAAGAAAAAUUGAAGAUGUUCACAUCGAAAAGCCUAAAGGAUCGACUUGAUCCGGUAAGUGGAAUUAAGGUUUGAGUGCCUUUUGGUGGUUUUAGCAGUUCCAAGAAGAUAAAGUAUGGAUAACUUUUUUUUUUUUUCAAAGAUAGUGUUACUCUAUGUUUCCAAUGCAAUUUUACGCAUUAAAUGCACUUUUUACCUUUUUGAAUAACCAUUAGACUUUUAUUUAAAUCAGUUUCAUUUAUUUAAUCUUACAUUAAAUAAAAACAUAGUAGUAUAUAUUUUACAAUUUUUUUAAUCUGCAUGAAACAUGUCGUGAUAACAUUUUUUGCGAAAGAGAGAGAGUAAUGUUUACUCUGUUUAGUAAAUUAGCGAGCUGAGAGAUGUCAUGGCUUUCUCUAUUCUUGCUUAGAUUUGAAAUCACCACGUAGAUGUUAACGAUCAUAUACUUCAUUUGUUGGAAAAAAAAUUUUGUUGUUGUUUUCACGCAUGUUAAAUAAACAUAUUAAAUUUAUGACAUGAAUAUAUAAUGUCGUGUGAUUAACAUAUUGAACUAAGUAAUUAAUUCAAUUAUUUUUCUUAAAAUUCAUAAUUUUAUUAAAUAAUAAACAGAG